AUGCAAAAUGAGUGUUUACAGGAGCAGUUGAGGUACUAUCACCUUCGGCAGUGGAAUCAAGAGGACGAAGAAGCUGCGCCUGCCGUCGGAACCAAGCCUUUCUCGGCAGCAGUACGAGAAGUGACUGUACCAGAUGGCAUGGUGAGCCUCGCGUUGGAGGCAUACGACGGGCAAACCGAUCCAAAGAAUCAUCUGUCUCGUUUUUCCGUGAAAAUGGCGAACUACGUGGUCUCCGACGCUGUCAAAUACAGGAUGCUUCCAUUAACGUUUCGAGGCGCGGCAAAGGAAUGGUUCACGAAUCUGCCUCCGGGAUCCAUAGCUAAGUUCCGCGAUUUCUCAUCGAAAUUCCUUGAUCAUUUCUCUGCGAGAACGAUCGAGGAUCUAUUUGGUAUUCGGCAGGAGGAACGUGAAACCUUGAAACAAUAUGUGAAACGAUACAGUGCCAUAUCCGCGAGGUUCGAGGAAUUGCAGCCACGCGCGUGCGUGUUUGCUUUCAAGGGCGGUCUAUCGCGGAGAGAAUUUUAUUGCGAGCUGAGUAGGGAGUUGCCAUGCUCAAUGACGGAAGUUCGCGCCCGAGCACAGGACUACAUCUUAAAAGAGGAAAUUGAAGCACACAAGAGAAAGGGCGAGCGAGCGGCAAAGGUAUCGCUGGCAAGGAAAAAGGUACAGGACAAGGAAGCGAGUCGCGAGCAGGGGUUCAAAGAAGCUGGCCGAUUCAUAAAGAAGAAUAAAGGAAAACUACCCCGCCCGAGAAUGGGGGAUAGGAAACACUGGUGCUCGCGCCGAGAAGCAAAGGCAAGCCAGCGAAGGAGGUCGCAGGGAUGCUCAAACAAGGAGCUAGCAAAGUUACUUCUCGAGGCAGAAAUUGAGGACAUGGACAGAGUCGGCAAGCGCAGAAAGGACCCCAGAAGCGAGGCGAGGAUUCCGUUGAGGUGGUGUGAGUACCACAACUUAGAAGGCCAUAACACCAUCGACUGUUUCAUGCUGAAGGGUCAAAUCAGGCGGUUGAUCGGGGCGAAACGGCCGCAAGCGGCGAAGGGAAAGAAAUUUGAAGAAGUUGACAGCGGCGAGGGCGGAGAAACGGUUGAAGCAAGAACACAAUCGCUGGAGGUUUUGAGGUUUGCGGCGACGUAUCGAUGGCGGGCCGGGGAACAGUCGGGGCGACAGCAUCGGUACAGGUGUAUCCAGGUUCAUUUGGGUGCCCAUAUCUAG